AUGGACCUCCUAGGAAGCUUAUGGACGCGCUACCAUGCGGUAGAUGGGUCCAAACCCCCCGUGUCGGUGCCUUUUUUAGCCACUGAGAGCGCCGCCAAGGUGACAAGGGCACCAGGUUCCCCGUCCUCUGCUCCAUCAGACUAUUGCGGCGGAGCCCGGCCGCACCGUUGCUCACCUGCUUUUUCGGGGGCAGACCCGUCCCCACGACGUCAACCGGCGUAG